CUCCUUUAUUUAACGACCCUCCUCUCUCCCUUUCCUUCUGAUCCAUUCCAUUCGAUCCCCACAACAACCCUCCUCUCCACCCUGCACUCUCAACCAUCGUACUUCCCUUUGGGUGUCAUCUCGCCAUGGUCAAGCUAUCGCUCCCUCUACUCGACAACACCGAUAACGAGAACGAAAACAGCACCCUCCCAACCUGCGAUCCCUCCCAAUCGAUCUACGACUCGCGCUCGUGUAUCAAAGACUUCCUCUUCUGCUCCGACGACAACCCCUGCCCCUCUUCCAUCCCCUGCGUUGACCGGGUCUGCCAAUGUCUGCCCAACACCAACUCCUUCAUCACUUUGACCCCGCCCCCCGUACGGAUGUACACUAUCGGAUGCAACUUUAAUACAAAGCGAGAUGUCGAUGUCUGUCGGGACUACGAAUACGGGGUUGAGAAAACUUGUCUUUUGAAUUAUUGCUCAAACCAGGUACCGUGCUAUGCGGGGACCUGCGAUAACCAGAGAAAUGUCUGCGUGAAUAUCACCUCGACGAGAAGACCUCUGCCACAGAGCGCGAAUUCGCUGAUCACUUUGGGCGACGAUCCGUUUGGGACGCAUAAGGAAGGGAUGAGUCCGGUGUUGAUUAUUAUGAUGGCCGCUGGAGGAGUGAUGGCAAUUGCGCUUGUCGGCUGUAUUGUCCGGACAGCCCAUAGCUGGACGAAGACGACCCUCAAUUGGGCGUCAAAGUCUCCGAAAGUCGAUGCCGACAAUGAUGAGGACGAGAACGAGAACAACAAGCCGGAGAAGAAGAUUAAGGAAGAUGUGGACUCCACGGGCGAGGAGUCGUUAAGCACGAUCGGGAGGAUGCCCUCAAAGUUCACUGGAUCGCACUAUAUGCCGACACCACCACCAGCGUUGUAUGCGAACGAGAUCUCGCCAUUCCCGUCGCCGCUGCCAUCGCCGCACUUCUCGCCGUACUCGCAGCCGAACCAGAGUCAGGUUAGCAAUAAUAGCUCGUUGUUGAAUCCGUUCCGGCAUGGGGCGGACGAGAUUCAGAGCCAGGGCGGGGUGGCGAUUGAGAUGAAUCAGAAGGGAGAUAUGAUGACGGGGUCGUAUGGGUCCUUGCCGGCGAGCACCGUGAUCGUUACACCCCCAGACUCCUCCUCUUCGACGCCAGGUUUUGUCCAAGCGCAGUUGAAUUUGAGGAUGUCGCAGUCGCAAUCGACAUUGUCGCACGGGUUCGCGCCCAGACCACCAUUUGAUCAGUCCAGCGGUGUGUUACACAAGUCCCUGUCGAUGCAACAGCUCGGAUCCAGACCGGCGCCUCCACCACCGACACAUUCGGCAUCAACAGCAGCAGAAGCAGGAUCAUCGUCGAUGACCCGGUCAGGACCACUACCGACAAUUUCGGUCUCGCGGCCGUCUUUUAACUUCUCCCGGCCCUUUUCCGUUAUUGGGAUCAACGAGCCUUCGAUCUCGCUGGAUUCCUUCAUGGACCAGUCCUCUUCGUCUCCAGCGCCAUCGGCAACAGGCGAGAUCAAAAGCGCACCUCAGCGAUCAUCUUCAACGCCUUCGAGACCUUCAUCCGUACAUUUGCAGUCGGGUGCCGAACGCCGAGCAUCCGUGACAGUGGUGCCGACACCACAAUCGAUGUUGAAGCAUAGUGCGUCGGUGCCCCAGAUGUUUGUGCAGGCGCCUGAGGGGAUGACUUCACCGCCGCAUUCGCCGAAUUCGUCCGCACCAGCUCAACGGAAUUUGCCAGCCGGAUUCGCAUCCGCACCUGUCGUAGGUCGAUUCGAGAACUAGGCAAGGUCAUUUAUCAAGUUAACAUACCGUCCAUCUUUUUUCUUUUCAAAGAAAAAAAACCCACACAUCUCAGCAUACACAUAGAAAUACACAUUUCCCCCCCCUCUCCCUUACUCAUAAUGCAUAGAACUUAAUACAUACACUUUAACGACCCUGUAAAAAACGCCGAUAAUGAUGUUGUUAUUGUU